AUGCUUCACUCAAACACAGACGCUAGCUCGUUCAAGCUUCAACCAGCUCCCCGACCCAAAAAGCGUCCUCAAAAUCCUCCCUCCAUCCAACGGCGACCAUCAGGCCAACCAAGGCCUCUGGUCGCUACCGACGCCGACUCCCUCCGUUUCGGCUUUGACGAUGACCAGGAACUCUGCCUCACUCCAAAAGCUUCCUAUUCCAACUUGCCUCUUCUCGCAUCACCCAAGGCUGGUGGUAGAGCCAAGCAUGACGAAAAUCGUGCUCGAUCAUCCACCAUCUCUAAUCGCUCGGCUUCUUCGACCAGUUCAGUUUCUCGUUUACUUGCUGCAAUCUCGCUUCCUCUCUCACCUCCUCCUUCCACACCGCAAUCAUCUUCUGUGCGGGAGACGUUGACGGGGAUGUUAAGCAACAAGUCCCCCUCGCCCUCGUCGCCGCUGUUUCCGCGUAAUACGCUGAUGAGCAGUUUAUCUUCCACCUGCAUCUCUCCUACAUCUCCUUCUGGUGGCAGGGCUUUGAGAAAGAGGAUGGGUUGGAGAGCAGCCCUUUCUGCUCCAAAACAGCAUGAGACAGCGAUCCCCAUGUCUCCAGAAAGUCCCUUAACUCCUCGUCGAGCAGACACUUUACAUACCCCUACCCAAGCAAGUAUCUCUUCCAUCCUCUACGCAAACCAUCUCCAAGUGGACCAAGAAAAUCAAUCCGAACCUCUCAGCGCGACACUCAAAGCUCUUGGCGCUAAGCGUCAAACGCAUCCCUUUCCUCCCAACACCAACGUCCUACCCGUCAACCAAGCAGAGGAAGCAGAGGAAGCAGAGGAAGCAAAGGAAGCGUUCGAAUCCCCCCGCACCGUCAAAUCACCUCCUUACUUCGAGUCGGAUUUGGAAAGUAGUAGGGAAAGCUUUCAACUGCUAACAGCCCAACGCAAGAUCUUUCACCUACCAACAUGGAUCAGGUUCGAAGCGAAUCAUCAUGCUCGUACGCAAAUUGUCCAAAACAACCGCACUGCCGCACAAGAGUUUUCCAAUCUAAUCGAGACUAUGCCGAAAACUUCGCAUCUCGGCGACGUUGCUCCUGAUAGCCCAAAUGGAGAGUUGUUUGCUGGAUUCGACAUCAACCCUGCUCCAGAUACAAAGCAAGAGCAACAUGUGGUCAAGGUUGUAAAGACACCAACCAUGGCCACUUUGCGCAACAGCGCUAAUCGUGGUCCCAGUGCGAUCAGGCGAGAGGGAAGAGUGAUGGGAGCGAUUUCUUCUGUUUUACCUCCUUUUUGCGAAAAGUUUCGUAUACAAGAUUCGCUUCCCAAACAAUCGCCAACAACGAGAGCCUCUAAUACGAUCAGUAGGCAGCAAGCAGUGAAGGAGAGGAGAGAUGGUUGGGGAGGAGUGCUGACGAGAACAAGUUGGUUUCCUUCCUAUCGCAAAGGUCCCUUAGUCUCACCGCUUUCUUUCGCAAAUAAGUCGCGGUUGAAGAGUUUUAGUCUUCAACCUCACCCCUCCGACCUACCGCAAGAAGAGCAAGAGCAAGAGCAAGAGGGAGAAUGGCAAGACAUUCAACCCAACCCCUCCCAUCGGGAGUGCGAGAUGGAGAGUUCCUUUCUAGAGCUUAAUCAUGCACCGAGCUUUCUUAAUCCUCCUCCAAGCCAAACCCGAGGUCGAGGUCGAGGUCGAGGUCGAGGUUGGAGUUGCUUUCGUUCCUCCCCGCACCCCUCUCCCUCUCCCUCUCCCUGUUCAAAGAAUGGGCUUGCCGGUAUGAUGGAGUUGAACACAUGGCAAAUGCGCCGACUCCCCCCCGCACACGAAGAAACAAUGGCGAGCAAACUCAUUACGAAGGGUACCAAAAGCAUCGAGAACCGCCCAAUUCGAAAGACAAAAACCAUCUCAAUGAAAAUCAAAAUAGCAUUAUCCACCAUCACCGCAACCCUAAUCGCAGCCAUCAUUAUCAACGUCAUUGUCCUCUCACAUUCCACGUCGGCCUCCAAACCCCGAAAAGCAAACGUCGAUCCAAUGGCAAACACUGGUCUUGCCUACAUCCCCACCACCACCACCAACAGAUCGAUGAGUGCAAGAGAAUCAAGUAUCACUAAAGCUGCCCAACUAUCCAAACCCUAG